AAGAAAAGUGUUGGUACGCGUGAGAGGAGCCGCAGCGAAGUUUCAUUCUUUUUAGUCUUCUUUCUGAAUUGAAAACUCUCUCUCUCUCUCUGGGUUUGUUACUUUGCAUCUUCUUCUCUAUGGUGAAAGCAGCGAGCAACGAUAAUGGUUCUGUUUCUUCUUCUUCUUCUUCUGUGGCACCUUUCUUGAACAAAUGUUACGAUAUGGUUGAAGAUCGUUCAACAGAUUCAAUCAUCUAUUGGUCUCAAUUCGGUCACAGUUUCAUCAUCUCCAACGUUGAUCAAUUCUCUCUCACUCUUCUUCCCAAUUAUUUCAAACACAACAAUUUCUCCAGUUUCGUUAGACAACUCAAUAUCUAUGUAUGUCAAUUCAUGCUUUUUCUCAUUCUCAAUAUCUUUUUUUAUGCAAUUCCUUUUUAACUAUAUUUUCAAUUCUUCGUGCUUAGAUAUAAAAUUCAUUGUUACUUAGGGUUUCUAUCAUUUUUUUUUCUUCCUUUUACGCCUGUGUUUGAUUUGUCUUAUUUGACCUUAUCUACCGAAAUAAAUGCUUGUGAGAAUUAUUUAGGAGAGCUUAUGUUUUUAGCUUUGGGCCUGGUUGGAUUGACUUAUUUGAGCUUAUCUAUUGGCAUAAGUUUUGUGAGAGUGUUUGGGAGAGAAUUUUUAAAAAUAGCUUAUGACAUAUUUUCAUAAGCUUUUUUCAACUUAUUUUCAUAGGUUUUCGAAGAUAACUUAUGUAAACAGUUUAUAGCAUAUACAAAAACAAUUUAAAUUUGUUAUAGCUUUUGAUAUAGAAAUUGCUCAUGUAAGCUUAUACAUAAGUGCUUAUCAUGAAAACCGCUUGUGUUAUAAGCUGCAUAUAAGCUGUUUAAUUUCUACGAUGCACAGACACAGACAUGGCACAGGCGGACACUGACAGUCUGACACGUCGAUGACACCGAUAAUAAUUUGAAAAAAUGACAUAAUUAAGCCUAAUCAUAAGUGUCAGUGGCGGUGCAACACCGACACGUGUCCGACACGGGACACGGCUAAUAUGAGGAGUGUCUGUGAUUCAUAGUUGUUUAUCCAAACAGAGCGAUUUGUUAUAGAAAUAACUUAUGCAUUGGCACUUAUAUGGGAGUAAGUGUUUAUGCUAUAAACGCUAGUUAAGUUGUUUAUCCAAACACGUCCUUGGUGCUACUAGAUUAAAAAUGUCUUAGAUAAUACUUGGCUUUUGAGAAGCCUACAACCUAUACAAUAACAACAACACGCAAUCUUUUCCCACUCAGUAGGAGAGGCUACAAACAACCUAUGGAGAGAAUAAGUUUGUUUAUUUGGACUUGAAUUUUCCGUGUCUCUAUUUGUUCCAAGUGAUUCUCUGUUAAAUACUUAAAUGUCAGCAAUUGAUGGCUUUUUAAUUUAUCAGGGUUUCAAGAAAAUUGAUGCAGAUCACUGGGAGUUUGCAAAUGAGAACUUCAUCAGGGGUCAAAAGCAUUUGCUGAAGAAUAUACGUAGAAGGAAACAUCCACAUGGUGCAGAUCAGCAGAAAGCAUUGCCACAGAAAGACAAUCGUGGUGAUGAACAAUCACAAGAAGCAACGAAUCACAGCCUUUGGAAAGAAGUUGAGAAUCUCAAAUCUGAUAGAAACUCCCUCACGCAAGAGUUGGUCAAACAUAAGCAGCGCCUAGAAUCUUCUGAGAGUAAAUUGCUUCUAUUGAGUGAUCGUCUUGAAGGAAUGGAGAAGCAUCAGCAGCAGAUGCUAUCAUUCUUGGUCAUGGUUGUGCAGUGCCCUGGAUUCCUGGCUCAGCUGCUUCACCCUAAGGAAAAUAAUUGGCGUUUGGCUGAUGCUGGGAAUGUGUUGUACCAAGAUGACGAACCAGUUUCUUCUGAUGGGAUGAUUAUAAAGUAUACGCCACCUGUUGCUGAAAAACGAAAGCCUGUAGUUCCACGAUCUCCUGCCUUUGAUAAGCAACCAGAACCCGAAAUUUCUGCAGAUGGGUUAAAAGACUUGUGCAUCAGUUCUGAGUUCUUGAAAUUGCUUCUAGAUGAGAAACUGUCUCCAUUAGAUACUCAUUCUCCGUUUCUUGUACCAGAUUUUCCUGAUGACGGUUCAUGGGAAAAACUAUUUUUAGGCAGUCCUGUCCUCGAAAAUGCUGAAGAUACUGAUCAUGGAAACGAGGAGCACACUGUUAGUGGCUUGGAGAUGGAACACACCAUAUCUGCAGCUCCAAAUGAAAGAUCUGCUUUUGAAGCGAUGAUUAUAGAAAUGGAGAAUACUCAAGCAUGAGUUGGAAUUGUAUGCUGCUGAGGAUAUUGGAUGGGACACAGGGCAUGGAAUCUCAGACUGAGAAAAGUGUACUUCAGCUUCUAAUAACAGCCAAAAUAUAGAGGGAAGUAGGCAAAUUUCCCUCGCAGUGAAGUUGUAGUAUUAACUAUUUUGUCUUCCAUAUUCCUCCAGCAGCUGUUUGAUCCUUCAUGUGGAUUCAGUAUCCAACUCCUAUCUGAACACUAAUCUGGAUUUGCUUUUCGGCUUUUUGAUAUGGUGUCCAGUCCCGGCCAGGGAGUUAUAUGGUCUGCGGCUAGUAUGAUGGAUCAAAUAUUUCUUAUCAAGUUUAAAUUGUAAGGAAGAGCGGUCUCGAAGGAGCUUUGUUUUUUGCGACACACAUAACAGUUGCACAUGUUAUACUUAUAAAGAACAAAUAGUUAAUAGAAAAUAUGGUUUUUUGCCAUAUUAUUUUGCUCAA